AUGGGCAAGCGCAAGGCCUUGGAUAGAGACUUGCCAGAGACAAUUGAUCUGCAGCAUGCGGAUGCACCCUCAACAUCAGGCAGGACUGGUCCCCUGGCGGUGUACUUUCCCAGCGGCUUCCAGCCGGGCAAGCAUGGCAGCUGCACCUGGGAACUGCACUCCAACACUUCACGCGUCAAUGACCACGUUGUUGUGGCCCGGACGGGAGACGUGGAUUUUGUGGGCAGCUGCCGCUCAGUGGAUGCAGCUGGGCCGCCUGCCUGCAAGUACGCCGUCGGAGUGCUGGACAAGGCGACUGGGGUGAUGAGGUACGCGGAGGUGGGCACUGGCAAUAUCGUGCGCAUGGAGCCGCGCGCGAGGGGUGUCAACUACGGUCCCACCGGGGCCAUUACGGAGCAGGAGGACGACAUACGGGCGCGAAUCUUGCAGAACAAGCGGCUGGUGCAUGCGUUUGGGAGCCAGCGGCGCAAGCGGCAGUUGGACCAGAAGGAGAGCGCCAAGGUUGGCGAUGACAACGUGGCAGCCCAGGACGCCGUCGAAGACCUACUCGCCGCUGCCGGGGACAAGGCGGCCGUCGCUAAAAUGACCAAAGAUGAUGUUCUGAAGGCAGUGACCAACGUUAGGCACAUACCUCCGCACCACCCGGAGGCCACCUCUGCCGCAGCCGCUUACAAGCUGGAGGAGCUGGUGCCUGAAGAGGCGUGGGAGACGCUGGAAGUCGAGCGGCUGCGGCGCGCCAUCGACGAUGACUCAUACCGGGACGACAUCCUCCGCGCAAAGGGCAUCUUUCCGGAGGUGGUGCUCGAUCGGCUGCCGCUGAUCACAAAGCCGGACGGGCCGGCGGCCGCGCGGCGUCUCCGCGCGAUGGCGUUCCUGGGCCCAUUAGUCGCCCUCUACACCGGGCGCCACCGGCAGAAUGUCGACGCGCGCACCGGCGGCCUCAAACAGCUCUCCGGUCGCCUGCGCAUCCAGGAGGACGUGCUGCGAGGCUGCCUGGCGCGGUUCUACAGCAGGGCCAAGGGGGAGGAGGAGGGAACGGAGGUGUACAGCCGCACCAAGGAGCAGGCGCGCAUGCUGCUGCUGCACUUACUAAUCACAGCGCUCAUCGCCGAGGACUACUCGCUCGGCGCCAGGCAGUUUGAAGCGCUGCGGGCCACCCUAAAGCUCACCCCGCAGGACAUGGUCACGCACUACAGGGAGCUGGGAUGCACCUGCGACAAGGCGCCUAACGCGGGCGCAGACAAGUCGCCGAUGAAGCAGUACAAGGUGACACUGCUGCCGCCCGGCACGGUGCAGCCGCCGCGCAAGCUGGCAGACAUGUUCCCCAAGCUGCAGCUGGCGCGGGCGCGGGCCAAGAAGUAG